UUUUUUUUUUUUUUUUUUUUUUUUUGAACGCCCUAAUCUUCUUCUUCUUCAUUAAGCAAUACCUCUACACUCCAUGAAAGUCGCCUAUAUCUACCCCACUCACAUCCUCACUCUUCAAUCACCUAACUCAACCCAUCAUCCUAUAAUCAUAAACACACAGCAAUGGAGAAGCAAAAGAUUGUUGUAAAGGUGAGCAUGAACUCCGACAAGAAAACUCAAAAAGCUCUACAGAUCGCGGUUGGUGUCUCUGGAGUUGAAUCCGCGUCUUUCGUUGGGUCAGAUAAAGACCAGAUAGAGGUGACGGGUGAAGGUAUAGACUCGGUUGAACUAACAACCUUACUAAGAAAAAAGGUUGGAUACGCGGAGUUGGUAAGCGUUGGUCCGGUGGAGGGGAAGAAAGACGAACCCAAGGAUUCGAAGCCCCCGGAGGCGACAAUUCAGUUUGAUCCUUACCCGUACUACUAUCGUAGCUAUGGUGUGCCCUACUAUUAUGUAUAUCCGUAUUGAGAUUUCAUAAACUGAAAAAAGAGUACAGAAAUUUGGUUUCAAAAUAAUUGUGAAUUAGCUUCAUUUCAUCCCCUUUUGUUAUAUAAAUAUUGUUUAAGUUUAUACCAAUUUCAUCUCUCAA